CCUCCGCGGCUCUCGCACCAUGAAGAUUGUCGCUAUCCAGUUCCUUCGUGCGGACCAAGGGGAUGCCGAACCUCCGAUCCUCGCGAGCGCCUUUGACUUGAACUCGUUCGGCUACUUCAAGCGAUCCACGGUUCGUGACAUGAUCAACUUCUUCAGCCGCACAUUCAUCAAGCGAACGCCCAAGGGACAGCGGCAAUCCAUCCAACACGAAGAAUACAAUUGCCACGUGUACGUGCGCCAAGAUGGACUCGCGGGGAUCGUCGUGUGCGAUCAAGAGUACCCACCGCGCGUAGCGUUUGCCUUGAUGAACAAGUUCCUAGAAGAAUUUAACAAGGAAACCAACGGCGAGUGGCGCACGAGUCCGAGCGCAGCCAACCCCGACUGGGCGCCGCUGGUCAAGGCGCUGGAAGACUACCAGGACCCGUCGAAGGCCGACAAGAUCUCGGCGAUCCAAAAGGAGCUGGACGAAACCACCGCCGUGCUCUCCAAGACCAUCGACAGCGUGCUGGAGCGAGGGGAAAAGCUGGAUGACCUCGUGCAAAAGUCGCAGGACCUGAGCAGCCAGUCCAAAGUAUUUUACAAGCAAGCGAAGAAGACCAACUCGUGCUGCAUCCUCAUGUAGAGCGUCGGCAUAUCCAUCGCAGCUUUCAUCCUUUUGCAUUAACAAUGAUAUAUGCUUCUUCGUCGA